AUGUCCACCCCCAACCUAUACGACAAGCGCAUCUUUGUCGCAUCAAAUAACUCCUCCAACGGCCAGGUCAGCGACGGCACGCGCUUCCACUACCGCCAGGACGGGACCGUCGUUUGGGCAGAGUAUACGGGCGGCUCCAUCGUCAAGGGUUUCCUCAUCGCCACCGUGGCAGACGACGACUCGCUCGACAUGCGGUACCAGCACGUCGACACUUCGGGCGAGCUCAGGACGGGAAAGUGUCGUUCGCGGCCGGAGAAGCUCGCGGACGGGAGGUUGCGGAUGCACGAGAUGUGGCAGUGGACAAGUGGGGAUUUGUCGGAGGGUGUAUCGACGCUGGAGGAGGUUGUGGAGCAGUGA